AUAUGAGAGAGAGUGUGCACAUGCUUUGGGAUCACAUAGGGAAGGACUAACACCCCUGUGGUGUUUGUUUUGCGCUCUGUGCCUCUGUUCUGAAAAUGUCCCCUCUCUUUCCAUCCCUGUCAUAAUUGGACUUUGAACAUUUUGGCUUGUUGUGGAAACAAGGACAAGAGAUAAAGCUUCAGCUUUUCUUUUGUGUGUGUCAGGAGCAACUUGAGAAACUGCAAGUCGCUUCUGGUGUGGCUGUCUGCAAGGACAUUGCCCAUGAACUCCGGAAUGUUUUGAUGUUUCCUCCUUCUCUCAUGUGUCUCAUCUUCAGUUGAGAGACCUUUUCCCCAGGAUAAUUCUUCCAGGGGUGAAUUUCCCUUCCUUCUGUGAAGAUUUCUCUCACUUCCUGUUGUCUCACUGUUCUUCAUUAUGAGUUAAGUUGUAACUCAGGGACUGCCUGCAGAAAGUUUCUGGUGUGGUAUCGCGUGAGGUAUAGUAUUAGGCUAACUCUCAAACUGCCCAUAUCGGGCAUCUAUCAAGCCCCAGAGAGUCACUGAGAGUCUACUGUACUACUUGUACUGAUUUCACUGUCUGUCCCUCUUGUGGAGGCUGAGGCAGUUUGGGUGUUGUUUCUUAGGAAGAGAGCCACCAAAGGGACUGUUUCUGCCUCCCUAGCACCGGCCCAAUGUCCCCUUUUUGGCCAUGGGUGACAGGAGUGGCAACUGGGCUUGUGGCCCUGCACUUGCUCCAGAGGCUCUGCUUCCCUUAUUUUUGGCUGGACCUGAAGUUCCUGCUGAAAGCCCUUCGGUAUGGCUUGGCGGUGGAGGGCUACAGGCUGAGCGGGAGGAUUUGCACGGUGCUGGACAAGUUCGUGAGGAUGGCAGAGAAGCAGCCCGACAAGCCCUUCUUGGUCUAUGAAGGGAAGGUCUACACCUACAAGUCUGUCGACAAGCAGAGUAACAGAGUGGCACAGCUUUUCCUCAAGGAAGGGGUCCUGAAACGUGGAGAUACUGUGGCCCUGCUGAUGAGUAAUGAGCCGAAUUUCAUCCACGUGUGGUUUGGAUUGGCCAAGCUGGGAUGUGUGGUGGCAUUUGUCAAUUUCAACAUCCGCUCCAGAUCUCUCCUCCAUUGCAUCAAUAGCUGCGUACCCAAGAUGGUGGUGGUGGGAGCAGAUAUGCUUGGGACCUUAGAGGAAAUCCUUCCAAACCUCCAAGAGGAUAUUAGGAUUUGGGUGAUGACAAAAGAUUCCAGUCUUCCACGUGUUGAUACCAUUUUAGACAAGCUGGAAGUUACCUCUGAUAAUCCUGUACCAGAUAGCCUUCGUACUGCUAACAGCCUAAAGGAUCCUAAUCUCUACAUUUUUACCUCAGGAACAACAGGUUUACCAAAGGCUGCUGUUAUCAGUCAUUUGCAGACCCUUAAAGGAGCUGCUGGAAUGUGGGCAUUUGGUGUUACUCCUGAUGAUGUCAUAUAUAUAACCCUUCCUCUUUACCACAGUGCAGCCUCUCUCCUUGGUAUUGGUGGAUGCAUUAAUCUGGGUGCAACAUGUGUUUUAAGAAAGAAAUUUUCUGCUAGUCAGUUCUGGAGUGACUGCAAAACAUACAAUGUUACAGUUAUUCAGUAUAUUGGAGAACUAUGUCGUUACCUUUGCAAACAGCCUGUGAAAGAAGGGGAGAGAAAUCAUAAAGUGCGCAUAGCAGUUGGAAACGGAGUAAGAACAGAUGUCUGGAAGGAAUUUUUACACCGGUUUGGUAACAUCAAGAUGUGUGAAUUUUAUGGUGCAACUGAAGGAAACAUUUGCUUCAUGAAUCACACGGGCAAAGUUGGAUCUGUGGGCCGAACAAAUUUAUUUUAUAAGCUCUUUUUCCCUUUUGAUUUGAUUAAGUAUGAUUUUCAAAAAGAGGAGCCAAUCAGAAAUAAAAAUGGGUGGUGUGAAAGAGUUAAGAAAGGUGAGCCUGGGCUUUUACUAUCCAAAGUGAAUUCAAAGAAUCCUUUCUUUGGAUAUGCUGGCAAUAAACAAGACACAGAGAAGAAGUUACUCUGUGGUGUCUUUAAGAAGGAGGAUUUUUACUUCAAUACUGGAGAUUUGCUUUUUCAAGAUGAAGCUGACUUUCUUUACUUUUGGGACAGAAUAGGAGAUACAUUCAGAUGGAAAGGGGAGAAUGUUGCAACUACUGAAGUUUCAGAUGUCAUUGGUAUGUUGGAUUUCAUACAAGAAGCCAAUGUUUAUGGAGUUGCUGUGCAAGGUUAUGAAGGUAAAGCAGGCAUGGUCUCCAUCAUCUUAAAACCCAAUAAGUCCUUAGAUGUAGAACAACUUUAUGAACAUGUGGUGACAUAUCUGCCCAGUUAUGCUCGUCCACUAUUUCUAAGAAUCCAGGAAAUAAUGGAUGUUACAGGAACUUUCAAGCAACAAAAAUUUCAGUUGGUGGGUGAAGGAUUUAAUCCAUCUUCCACGAGUGACCCACUUUAUUUUUUGGACAGUUCUAAAAAGUCUUACAUAACAUUAACUGAAGAACUGCAUGAAAAUAUUGUAUCUGGCCAGGUGAAACUUUAAUGUUUAUUUAUUGGCAAGAAUUAAUGCAAUCUACUGCACAAGAUAUAACUUUAAAUGAGCUUUGUUAAUUCAAUGAAUGGGAUUUCCAGGGUUAAACUUCUACACUGCAGAAAUUGUAGAGUUAAUUUGGUAUAUGCGGGUAGAGGAUUUAUUUUUAUUACAGGUUGAGCAUCCCUUAUCUGGAAUCCUGAAAUUCAAAAUCAAUCAUUGUCCACAUGGGUGGCUGAUAUAGUGACAUCUUUGCUUUCUGAGGAUUCAGUGUACACAGAGCUUAAUAAGUUUUUAACUUAUAGUGUAUUAACAUGCAAACCUUCCAUACACAAAAUUAUGAAAGAAUAAAAUUACCUUCUUGCUAUGUGUAUAAAAUUUAUAUGAAAUAUAAAUGAAUUUUGUGUUUAGUCUUGGGUUUCAUCUCCAAGAUUUUUCAUUAUGUAUGUAUAUACAAAUACAGGUAUUCUAGAAAUUUAAAAAAUCCCAAAUCCUUCUGGUUCCUAAGCAUUUUGGAUAGAAUAUACUUAAUCUGUAUCUUUCUCUGUUUUGACCAUCGGUCAAUACUUGCUGCCCCAUGCAAUCUUAUGCCUGUUGCUUAAAAUAAGUAUGUGAUAUUAUACAGUUUGGACCCAAAGUAGCAAAGCCUUUUUGCUUAUACUAAUCCCCGUACUAAAUUUUGGGUGAUCAUCUCUUCUUGCUGUAGCCCUUUCUUUGCUAUAUGUUAGUGCAUAAAUAAUGGGGCCUCUACAUGUUGUUGGAAGGUAGCCCCAUAAUUUCUUAUCAUGAACUAUGCUGGUUAGGUUAGUGGGAAUUAGAGUCAAGCAACUUCUGGAGGGUCACAGGAUUCCCAUUCCUACCAUAUGCCAUUCUGCACUGGAAUAUCCCCAACACCAGAUGUUCAGGUGCUACAGAAUGAAAAGAGGGCCCUAAAAUCACAGUUCCAAGAAUAGAAUGCCUAUAAAUAAAGACAUUAAUUAUAUGAAAUGAGGGCACUUGCCCCCAGCAAGUAAGAUUUCUGCUUCCCCAAUGAAUUUCUUUCAGUCCCCAAACUUCUAGCAUUUCAGAGUGAGCUACCAAAUAUUAUUCACACCUAGAUCUCUUACAUUUGUUGGGUUCACAUCCCCUUGAAACUUUCAUUUCUUGCCUCUUUUUUGGGUUUCUAAACUCUAUUUCUAAAUACCCAACUGGAAUUUUAAGAUACUGCAAUGAAAUUUGGGAAGGACAAUUUCAUGGGGACGCAGAAUUCUUAUCAGGAAGACAAUGCCCUCACAGGCAUGAUAUUUGGUAUUCUUUUAAACCAAGGAGGGAAAUGUGCCUGAAACAGCAUCAACCCUAAGGGGAACCUGUGCUGUUCUUCUGUGCCUUCAAAUCCCUUUCCAGUUAAAUCCUUUAUUUAGUCUGACCCUGCCAUGGAUUGUCUUGCCAAUAUUUGUUCAGAAGGGGUUAGUCAUUGUGGCUGAGCAAGUGUGACUUGCCCAAGGUCAUGCCGUGGGUUUCAUUGGUUCACUAGAAGUCAAAAAUUGGCUUAUACUAGACCUUAUUUGCUCUCCAAGGAGAACCUAAAUAGCUCAUUUGAUUUUAGGGUGCGUUCAUUAAUUUCAAUCUGGCACUACCUAGAAGAAUCCUCCACCUUGUGUGACUGUGGAGCAGGACAAACAACUCAGCAUCUGUAUGCUUACACACAAUGCCCUGGCUCACGCACAGAGGACAAAUUGGUUAAAGCUACAGACAGUCGCUGUUGCCCCUUUUUUAUUUAGCCGCUUGUGCUUCCUUUAUUUUAUCAGUUUUAUACUUAUUUAUGCAAUGCUUUUGACACAAAAUAAAAUUGAUUUAAAUAUGGGAUGUCAGGUAUAUUUCUCUGCCCGUUAUGCUUGCAGACAAAAACACUCUUAUUUUACAGUUAAUUGAUUGUGAAGAGUCAUUUUUUAAAUUAAUAUCUUGUCAUAAUUAGAUUUUUAUCUUGAAUCUCAUUUUGGAAUAAAGUUGUGAUAUAAAUAAUAAACUAUAAUAAUAAACUGUUUUUGUAGUUUUAAAA